UCUGACCCUCAUAGGGUGUCCCCAAAGAGGGGGGUUAUGAUGUCAUCACCCUCAUGGGGUGUCCCCAAAAAGGUCUCUGACGUCAUCACCCCCUUGUCCCUCACAGGUCACUGGGGUGUGGCAGCCGAGGAUGACGCAGUGCCGUGCGGGACCCCGGUGCACCGGCGCGUGGUGGGCGGCUCGGGCGCGCAGGAGGGCCAGUGGCCCUGGACGGUCAGCGUGGCCUUCCGGGGCCGCCACGUGUGCGGGGGAGCCCUGAUCGCCCCCGCCUGGGUGCUGACGGCCGCGCACUGCUUCCCGCCGGAGAACCCCCUCCCCGAGUACCGGGUGACCUUCUCAGGACCCCCCCAAACUGCCCCAAAACCUCCUCAAACCCCCCCAAAAUCCCCCCAAAACGUCCCCAGAAUCCCAAUUCCUGACCCCAAACCCCUUCAAAUCCCCCCCAAACCUCCCGAAAUCCCCCCCAAACCUCCCCCAAACCCCAAUUCGGAGAACCCCCUCCCCGAGUACCGGGGGUGCUGCAGCUCCUGUCCCCCCCCCCCCGACGCCCAGGUGCGGGGCGUGGCCUCGGUGGCGCGCCACCCGGCCUAUCGCGACUAUCGCGACAGCGACAGCGGGGCGGGGGCGGUGGCGGGGGACCUGGCGCUGGCCCGGCUGCAGCCCCCCGCCCGCCCCUCGCGCCUCGUGCGGCCCGUCUGUGUCCCCGCCGCCGGCGUCACCUUCGUGCCCGGGCUGAACUGCACCGUCACCGGCUGGGGACACGUCCGCACCGCCGUGCCGCUGCCACCCCCCGCGCACGCUGCAGCAGCUGGAGGUGCCCCUGCUGAGCCAGCGCCACUGCCACUGCCUGUACGCGCUGGGGACGGGGACAGGCGACGGGCUGGGGACACCCGCGGGGGACACGCUGUGCGCCGGGCUGCCGCAGGGCCAGCGCGACGCCUGCCAGGUGGGUGGCACCGCUGGCACCUCCCCUGUGGGGCUGGCACCUCCCCUGUGACACCCCUGUGCGAGUCUCACCUCCCCCUGUCACCGCUGUCACCUCCCCUGUGCCACUCCUGUGCCAGUGUCACCUACCUCCGUCACCGCUGUCACCUCCCCUGUGACACGCCCGUGCCGCUGUCACCUCCCUCUGUGCCACUCCUGUGCCAGUGUCACCUCCCUCUGUCACCUCCCCGUGUCCCUGCCGUGUCCCCAAGGUCCCUCUGUGUCACCUCUGUGUCCCCCAGGAUGUCCUUCAUCCUCACCGUGUCCCUAAUGUCCCCUCAGUGUCCCCAAUGUCCCCUCAAUGUCCCCUCUGUCCCCAGGGCGACUCUGGGGGUCCCCUCGCCUGCCGGUCCCCGUGUCCCCAAUGUCCCCAAUCCCCUCAAUGUCCCCAAUGUCCCAAAUCCCCUCAAUGUCCCCAAUCCCCUCAGUGUCCCCAAUGUCCCAAAUCCCCUCAAUGUCCCCAAUGUCCCCAAUCCCCUCAGUGUCCCCAAUGUCCCAAAUCCCCUCAAUGUCCCCAAUGUCCCCAAUCCCCUCAGUGUCCCCAAUGUCCCAAAUCCCCUCAAUGUCCCCAAUGUCCCCAAUCCCCUCAGUGUCCCCAAUGUCCCCAAUCCCCUCAGUGUCCCCAAUGUCCCAAAUCCCCUCAAUGUCCCCAAUGUCCCCAAUCCCCUCAGUGUCCCCAAUGUCCCAAAUCCCCUCAAUGUCCCCAAUGUCCCCAAUCCCCUCAGUGUCCCCAAUGUCCCCAAUCCCCUCAAUGGCGACUCCGGGGGUCCCCUCGCCUGCCGGCUCGGUGGCACCUGGCACCUGGCGGGGGUGGUGAGUUGGGGGGACGCCUGCGGGGUCCCCGGGCGCCCGGGGGUCUACACGGGGGUGUCCCCGCACCUGCCCUGGAUCCUGUCCCUUGUCCCCGAGCUGGCCCCGCGCCACGCGCCCCCCGACGUCCCCAGGGCCACCCCCGAGCCCCCCGGGGGGCCCUGUGACAUCGGGGACCUGCCCCCGGGCUGGCCCCGGCCGCUGCCCCCCGGCCCGGGGGGGGACACGGGGGCGGGGGUGGCACCGGGGGGGGACACGGGGCUGCUGCUGGGGGCGCUGGGGGGGGCGCUGCUCUGGGCAUUGGGCUGAAAAACCCCGGAUUUGGGGGUCCCUGUUCUCGUUUUGGGGUGAAAAACCCGGAUUUGGGGUCCCUGUUCUCGUUUUGGGGUGAAAACCCCCAGAUUUGGGGGUCCUAGUCCUGAUUUGGGGGUGAAAACACCCAAAUUUGGGGGUCCUGCUCUGGACUUUGGGGUGAAAAACCCCGAUUUGGGGGUCCCGGUUCUGAUUUUGGGGUGAAAAUCCCACAUUUGGGGGUCCCUGUUCUCGUUUUGGGGUGAAAAACCCGGAUUUGGGGGUCCCUGUUCUCGUUUUGGGGUGAAAAUGCCAAAUUUGGGGGUCCCGGUUCUGAUUUGGGGGUGAAAAUACCCAAAUUUGGGGGUCCUGGGUUGGGGUCAGGGGUGAAAACACCCAAAUUUGGGGGUCCUGCUCUGGGCUUUGCGGUGAAAACACCGGAUUUGGGGGUCCCGGUCCUGAUUUUGGGGUGAAAAUCCCACAUUUGGGGGUCUUGCUCUGGGUUUUGGGGGUCCUGGCGUGGGGUUUGGGGUGAAAAACCCUGAUUUGGGGGUGCCAGUCCUGAUUUUGGGGUGAAAACACUGAAUUUGAGGGUCCCGGUUCUGAUUUUGGGGUGAAAAUGCCAAAUUUGGGGGUCCUGGGGUGGGGUUUGGGGGCCCUGCUCUGGGUUUGGGGGUGAAAAAUCCCCAAAUUUGGGGGCCCUGGUUCUGAUUUUGGGGUGAAAACACCGAAUUUGGGGAUUCUUGGGUUGGGUUUUGGGGUGAAACUUCUGAAAUUUGGGGGUGCUGAUCCUGAUUUUGGGGUGAAACCCCCAAGAUUUAGGAGUUCUGCUUUGGGGUUUGGGGGUUAAAACGCCGGAUUUGGGGGGUCCAAAAUAGGGGGGACCCCAAAAAUGGGGGUCAGACCCCAAAAAUGACCCUAAAAAUGAGUGUGGGACCCCAAAAAUGAGUCCUGGGACCCCAAAAAUGGGGGUCAGACCCCAAAAAUGACCCUAAAAACGAGUGUGGGAACCCAAAAAUGAGUCCUGGGACCCCAAAAAUGGGGGUCAGACCCCAAAAAUAAACCCUGGGACCCCCAAAUUUGGGGUGUGACCCCAAAAUGGACUCGUGAGACCUCAAAAUGGAGCCCGGGGAGCCCCAAAUUCCCCCCCAAAACUCUGGGACCCCCCAAAAUCCCCCAAAAUAAAAAGUCUGAGACCCCUGCC